AGAUAUAGUGAAACUACUAAAAUACAAUCCACUAACAAGGAAGAAUAACUAUGACUUGAAUUUAUUUAUAGUGCUUUGUCAAUCUAAAAUGUAGGAGAUAAGAAUUUUUUAGGACGAGGAGAAUAGCACUAAAUGUUAUGUUGAAGUAUAUAAAAUUGAAUUUAAGACAUUAAGCUGAUACAUUUUAGAAGAUAAAUUUUUGUCACCUGGUGCAAAAAGUGACACACCUAGAAAUUUUCCGUAAUGACACAAAAUAAAGAAAACAACAAAAGCCAUGAAAGCAAUGCUGAAUAUACCAAAGAACAACAAGUACUUGUGGACAGGACACUAGCUUAUCCAGAAUGUAUGUAUUACGACAUCCUUGAAGUUCCGAGACUGUCACCUAUAGAUGUUAUAUCAAAAUCGUACAGGAGGCUGUCCUUACAACUACAUCCCGAUAAAAACAAAGCACCAAGAGCAGAGGAAGCAUGCAAAGUGAUAAACAAUGCUUAUGACAAACUGAGUGACACCGAGAGUAAACACCUAUAUGACACAGUAGAGCUACCCAAUAUAGAAGAACGCUUAAGACAGAGGAACAGGACUCAUAGUUAUUCAGCGGAAGCAGAACAAAAUUCACAAAACCAGACAUAUUGUGAUCAUCAACAAACAUUUAGCCGACGAAGGACUAUUUUUGAAAGGAUGGACGAAGAUUUUGUCAAACUUGUAUUGAUGCUUGGUGUACCUAUACUUAUUCUGUUGUUGUAUCCAGUCAUCAGCUAUAUGUUUUCUUCUAACGAGAUUUUUAUGCUGCGUAGAUCAGGAGUAUAUACAGAACAACGUUUCACUAGUGUGAGAAGAAUUCCUUACUAUGUAAAGAAAGGCUAUCAACCAAGUAAUUUACAAGCAUAUCAUGAUUUGGAGAAAAAUGUAGAAUUGAAAUAUUAUAGGAUAAAGAAUCCGUAUUCAUAAUAGAUAUUGGUGUAAUACAAUAAUAACUGUUCUGGCUAAGACAUUUGAGUUAUAAGGAAACUGACAUAAAUUAUACUGAUACAGAAUCGAUGGUAGAGGGUGUGGAUGGGGUUUACAGAAUAGAGAAUAAUGGGCAAAAAAAUUAAAGAAUAGAGAAAAAUGGGCGAAGGAAAUAAAGAAUAGAGAAUAAUGGGGUGCUAAAAUAUUAAGAAUAACUGCAAAAAUAAAAAAAAUUGGGUAAAAAUUUACUGAUUACAGAAAAGAACAAUUUCCAGAAUACAGUUAUCAAGUAAUUACAGAGUAUAGCUAUUAUUUUUAAAGAAAAAAAAAUAAUGAGCGAAUAAAUUAAAGAAUACAGAAAUGAAGGACCACCCAUCCAUACCCUCAUGGUAUAAAAAGAAACAAUGUUCAAGUCAAUUUGAAAUAUGAAAGUUAUACAGAUUUAAAAACAUGAUUUUCAAAAUCUUACAGAUAAACAUAUUGCUACUCUAGAUAUUGUUUGUGAUCUUGUCAAAUUUCAAGGUGCUGCGGUAAGAUAUUUCCUACUUUACAUCAUUUGAAAUUAGUAAUAUUGCCCAACAGGACUAGGGUAUUAAUAAACAGUUACAAUUUU